AUGUCUACGACUCAUAGAAGUGAGGGAAUGAAUGCUUUUUUUGAUGGAUUUAUCAAUUCGACAACCACACUUCAACAAUUUGUGGUUCAAUACGACAAUGCCGUUAGGGUAAAGGCGCAGAAGGAAAUAGAAGCGGACUUCUCGUCCAUGAACACCACUAUUGCAUGUGGCUCUCAGUCACCGAUUGAGAGACAAUUUCAAGUCGAAUACACACAUGCAAAGUUUGAGGAGGUCCAAACUGAAUUCCAUUCAAGGAUGAAUUGUUUCAUCAAAGACACCUUAAAGGAGGACUUACGGAACCAUUACACUAUAAAAGAGGAACGAAUGUGGGAGGGUAAUCGUUUACCAGAUAAAUUUUACGAAGUUCAAUUUCAUCCCCUGACACAGACAAGCACUUGCUCUUGCCAACUAUUUGAGUUUAGAGGAAUUAUAUGUCGUGAUUCCCUCUUGGUAUUUGGUCAAGAAGAUGUUUACAGUGUUCCCUCACAAUACAUUUUGCGGCGUUGGAGCAAAAAUAUCCGGAGAAGACACACACUAAUAACAGCAUCGUAUAGUAAUUCCACUAAUGAACCACGCAUGGAAAGAUACAAACUGUUGUGCAAACGUUUUUAUGAAAUUGCUGAAGUUGCAUGUGAGUCUGAGGUUGCUAGUACUGAAUUGGAAAAAGAAAUUAAUUGUUUGGGUAAAAAAUUUGGGUUCAGUUCUUCCAUGACAAAUAACAUCAUUAGUGAUGCAGGCCAACUAAGAUACGAUACUGGUGCAUGCACGUCAAUACCACAUAGUCCAGUUGGAACAUCUGAUGUCCUUGUACACAGUCCUGCAACUGUUAAGCGAAAAGGACGUCCACGCACAAUCAGGUUGAAGUCCACUAUUGAGAAAAGAACCCAAAGAAAAAAGUCAGCUUUGUUCACAAAGACUUCAAUACCACCUACCGAACAAUGCGGGGAAAGGGCAUCUAAUGUUGUUGAACGUGAUGACCAUGCACAGUUUCAAGCCGACUCUAUCCAACUAUCACAAGAUACCGAAAUGGGUCAUUUUGGAUUUUUGUCGUUGUUGUCAGCUGUACAUAACAAUUUCGAUAACAACUUCAGUUGA